GACAGUUUAAGGAGGAAGAGCUGACAUGAGAAACUGCUCCUUUAACUUCUUUGAAACCAACUCCAACAUGUGUGCCUGGGAGAAGAAAGAUAAGCAUAUGGCAUUUACUUUAAGUGAGCAAACCGGAAAAAAAGUUGCAAAAAGGACUUCCUCCUAGGAUUUCUACUGCAGCUCAGUAACAAACAGUGAAGCAACGGUUUAGUGUUACUCCUACAGAUCAAGUCUUUCUCACUGGACAGCAACAUGGCUGCAAAACUACCAUUUCAAGAGGAGUUUGAGAACUGGACAGCUUUUCAAGUUGCAGAUCUCCUAAGACAGUUAGGAAUGCCUGAAUCUGCUGUGGUUGUAGAAAAAUUGGGCAUGAAUGGAUCUCAUUUCUUGAAUGUGUCAGAUUAUGAGCUGAGCCGAUUCAAAAUAAUGCACCAGCCGAAGCUUCAAAAGAUGGUGCAUGACAUCAAGAAAAAUGAAAGUGGAAUAAUAAACAAGUUCAAAAAGUUCCAAAAUGAACAAGUGGCCUUAAUUUGCAAAACUGGGAAAGAUACUUGGGAUCGGUUAAAAAAAAAACCUCCACCAAGUGUACCACAAAGGGAUUAUGCUUCAGAACAUGCAGACAAUGAAGAGGAACAAUGGUCAGAUGAUUUUGACAGUGAUUAUGAAAAUCCAGAUGACCACUCUGACUCAGAGAUGUAUGUGGUCCCCAGUGAAGAGAAUCCUGAUGACAGCUAUGAGCCACCUCCAAGUGAGCAGGAGAAAAAGAAGAUACCCUCUGCAUUCCCUAUUUCUAGGGGUGAAUAUGCAGACAAUCGCACCAGUCACCAGCAGCUUCCUCCCAUCAACAAACCUCUCCCAAGUACACCCAGUCCAGCCAUGUCCAGACCAAAAAAACUAUCCAUGCCAUCUCUACCAUUGCCAUCUCCUGCUGCAAAACCAAAAAUACCACUGAAGCCUAAGGAGUGUAGUGAUGAUGAGGAUAAUUACAUUGUGCCAGUGGACAAUGACGAUGAUAACUAUAUUGAACCCACAGAAAGCAGCGUGUCCCUACCUACAAAAUCUCCUGUGAACAGAUUUAUGAAGACAACAAAGUCAGCACCCCCUACUUCUCCAAAGCCUUCUCUUACUUCUGAUAUGCAAGAAGUCUAUGAGGUACCUGAAGAAGAGGAAAAACCUUCACCACCACCGGUAACGAGGCUUACUAAGCCAAUUCUGUCUAUGCCUGCUCAGAAUACAGAGCACUCCCACACGCACAGCAUGACCAGAGAGUCACCUAAACUGGAUACUUCCAGAAAUAUUAUGCCUCUUCCCAGAAAUCGUCCUCAUCCAAAACCAGACCACGAAGCAAACAGUAACAAUGAAAAUCAUAGCUUCAGUAACACACAAGAAUCCAGAUUUCCCACUGGAGCAGCCCCAUCUCCAUUACCAAGGGGCCUAAAGAAAAUUUCUAAUGCAGUAAAUUUACCACUACAAGGUCAUACAACUAGAGGCUUUUCAGAAAAUGGCUAUUCCAUACCUCCUAAUCCCUCCAGGAUGCUGUCAAUUCUAAAUAAACCAUGUUUACCUUCCAGAGAGACCUUAACUGCAAAUGAAGAAAAGCCUACAGCAGCAGAACGACGACAAGGUUCCAGCCAAGAGCUUCCGCUUCCACCCCUUCCAAGUGGUGCCCAAAAGCCUUUGCUCCAAAAGUCCUCAAUUCUGCCAAAAAUGCCAGAAGCUGCAAAACGUUCUCUGGGUACUUCCCCUCACAGCAGCAUUUCAUCUUAUUCAAGUAUUGCAGACCAGGAUGCUGGUGUUCAUAGUAAAGCAUGGUAUGCUGCUACCUGUGAUAGGAAAACGGCAGAAGAUGCAUUGUACCGAACAAACAAGGAUGGAUCUUUUCUAGUAAGAAAGAGUUCUGGACAGGAUUCACGGCAACCAUACACACUGGUUGUGUUUUACAACAGAAGAGUAUACAACAUUCCUAUACGAUUUAUUGAAUCAACAAGACAAUAUGCACUGGGCAGAGAAAAAAGUGGUGAAGAGCGCUUUGACAGUGUUGCUGAAAUAGUAGAGAACCAUCAGCGCAGCUCCCUGGUUCUAAUUGACAGCCAGAACAACACAAAAGACUCGACAAAACUGAAACACAUCGUACGAGUUUCUCAAUCAAACUGAACUGCUAAAAUGAAGACUUUUUAAGUAAUUUCUUUCAACAUCCCAAAACAUGUGGAUCGGGUAUUAAAAGAAGAAAAUCUGAAAUGAUGGAGAAUACUCUUUAAGAGCACUGAAUAGUAAGAGGUGGAGUUCAUAAAGUUCAACCCCACAUCACUUUUAUCAGAAAGGACUCGUAUUUAACACAAGAAGCCAAAGCAGAUACACUCUUGUCUGUGUUUUCCAUCUGUGACAACACGGGUGUUCAAAGUCACGUGAAGAACAACUGCAUGCCACAGCCUGGUCCUUUGACUGCUAUUUAAAGAGAGAUUUCCUGUAGGACAUUUUCACUUUAAAACUGAGAAUACCCACAGUGAUCUACUCUUUUCAUUCAUGUUUACCACUGAUCACUGCUUUCAGCAAUUUCUUUGUAAAGUGCACAGCUCCAGAUGUUAGAGCAGCUCAACCUAAUGUACUGCUGUGUACAAGCUGAAAAUAGGACUCUACUUCCUGUGAUUAGUGGCAAAAAAGCUAUCUGAAUGUUUUCGAUUAAUGGACAUGUGUUGUCCUUUUCCUCAACUUUACUCUGCUUCAUUAAUGUUUUUGUCUGUAUUUUCUAAUGUGCAAAUAAAAUUAAAAACAUUGUAAGGUCAGUAGUGUAUGGAUGCAUUGCUGGAUCACAUUUCUUAGCAUCCUUCCAGCAAGGAAGCAUAAAUUCACUAUGGUUGAUGUUUUAAUGUAUAUAUUUGUAUGUGCUCCUUCACAAGUUCUGUUGUUAGGAAAACUCACUUUUUACAGCCUUAGCUUAUGUAUUUGGCUUAAUUCUCAAAUGUUUUGUCUUCAGAUUGCCUACUGUUGAUGACCCAAGUAGAUUGCUUUAUUGCUAAACCAACUACCCACUCAAUUCUUGCAGAAUUACUAAUUACAGACACACACACAAAAAAACCCUUUCUAUUUUCAAGCCUGUUCUAUCACAGUGGUUUACGUAUUCUAUUACUGCCAACAAGGUAAUUUCCACAAAGUUUAAAGUGGUGAAAAUUAAACUGAUAUAUGUAGAAAUUUCACCAAUUAAAAACUUUCAGGAACAGCUGUUAA